UAACGCGGCUGUCGUAUUUUGAAAUUCGCCGUUGUUUUAGUAAUAAUUAUCAUUAGUUUAGACAAUAAAAUAAGUAAAUAUCGUAUAAGAAACCUAUUGAAAUCCACUCAUUCACUUGGUAUAAACAGAAUUAACUGUUAUCCAGCUAUGGCUCGUUACAGCAAUGAGAACAAGGAAGAAAAUAUUGAUCCGGCGUCCAUUUCAUCAAAUGUUAAGAAUAAUAUAAAACAAGAAAUUAUUAAAGAGCUUCUUCAUGGAUCAUUCCAAGACAAUAAAACAAAACUCGGUAACGAUGCAUUAACACUUGUAGUUGAAGUGGCGAAGUGUCUCGUUACGGAAACUUGCUUGAGGGCUUCCAGCCAAGCGCUUAAGGAGAGCUGCGACAGAGUCGACAUUGAACACGUUGAAAAGUGUCUACCGCAAUUGAUGUUAGAUUUUCCAUGAGCUUUUUCUUCACAUCUUGACCCGUAGUGUUAAUUUGAAGAUUGGAAUGCUACACACCUGACUACACACUUACACAGUCAGCUAAUGUAAGAUGUGAUUUUGUACCUGUUUUAUUUUUAAAAAUAUAUUUUGUAAUGUAUGGAAUUAUUUUUUUAUGAUAAUAUGAUAAAAAUUAGAUAAUAAGCAAUAA